GAUAAAUAACUUUGAAAGAAACCGUCAGCAUGACAGCAAAAGGUGGAGAUACACGGUUAAAAGCAGGCCAUCAAGAAGGUAAAGUAGUGCUCCAAAAAAGACUCAACUACCAACCACCUGCACAGUGAGGAUGAGAUAUGAAUGACUCAUCUUACUAAAAGUUGUUCAAAGUUAUUCGAUCUAGCUUUGUAUGCCUAUAAAUAUAAUGUGAUCAGUACUCAAAACACAUUACCGGCCACCAAUUUUCAAGAAACCUGAAUCGGCAAAGGCAAAUCAUACUUUCAAGGAACCCGAAUCACAUCAACAUACGUCAAAAUGGAUCAUAGAUUGUCAAAACAUGAUAAUGGAGUUGCGAUCAAAACAGCUAGGGGACUACUACUAUCUAAACCUUACGAAAGAGAAGGAAGUUUUGCAGCCGGCAUUAAAAAUCAUGCGAGUUCAGGGCCCAAAUUAAUUGAAAUAAUGAAACAGAAGUUGAGUCAUGGUGUCAAAAUGAUUCAACUCGGCAGUCAAGGUAAAAUCUUUAGGAAAACCUUUGGCAUCAGAGAGGAAGAGAAACUGUUAGAGGCUUCCCAAUGCUACUUGUACACUACAGCAGGUGCAAUUGCAGGCAUCCUCUUUGUGUCUACAGAAAGGAUUGCAUUUUGCAGUGAUAGGUCCCUUAAAACUUAUUCUCCCACAGGCGAACUGCUAAAGUUCCAAUAUAAGGUGUCAAUCCCAUUAGGAAAGAUAAAAGGAGUAAGAGAAAGCAUGAACAUGAAGAGGCUAUCAUAUAACUAUGUGAAGGUAGUGACUGUUGAUGAUUUCAGCUUUUGGUUUCUGGGCUUUGUGAAUUAUAAGAAAACAUUAAGAUACGUCCGUCAUGCAAUCGGCUCGAAUGCUUAAGCAAUGGAUGUUUUUAAGUAAAUUGAUGUAAAUUUCAAAUGUAAAGUCUUAGAGUUAUGU